AUGUCGGGCGAGGCGUGGCUUUACCUGUUUGCGGUCAUUAUAAAUGCCGUCAACCUCUUCCUUCAAGUCUUUUUCACCAUCAUGUACAGCGAUCUGGAAUGCGAUUACAUCAACCCUACCGACCUCUGCAACCGCCUCAACACCUACAUCCUUCCCGAGUUUGCCGUCCACGCUUUUAUGACCUUUUUGUUUUUGAUCAACGGAUAUUGGGUGCCUCUGAUUUUGAACCUGCCGCUUCUCGCCUGGAACAUCAAGAAGAUUCUUGACAACACCCAUCUUCUGGACGCCACUGAGAUCUUCCGCAAGCUUAACGUCCACAAGAAGGAAUCGUUUACCAAGCUCGGAUUCCAUCUCAUCCUGUUCUUCUUUUACCUCUACAGCAUGAUUGUUGCGCUUAUCCGGGACGAGGCCCACUAAGCAGCUCAGCUAUGAUAUUCGCCUCGGACCGCCUCACCGUGCAUGCGAGCGGCGACGGGACGUGGAGAAUGACAACAGCCAACUCGCGGCAAAGGAAGGACUCGAACUACGAUGCCCCAUCUUGCCAAGGCGGGCGACGAGUGCCCAAUUUUAUGCGUUGAUAAUGGAAACAUGGCGACAUGAUUAAUGUGAAUGGUGGUGGCAGAUGAUGGUGGAAACGACUGGCUUGGGAAAGCUUUGGGGAGGAGGCCAGGCGAUGAUGAUAUAAAUUUGCACAUGGACAUGGACACGAUACCUUGCUAUGGACGAAAAUCUGGAUAUCAGUAGGCGGAGCUCAUAGACGUGUGUGCGCCUGACCAAACUCUGUCUCUCUCUCUCUCUCUCCCUCUCUAU